CGGGAGCUGCCCUCGGGUCGCAUCGGCAAGCUGCUGGUGUUUAAAAGCGGUCGGGUGAAGCUGGCGGUGGGGGAUGUGCUGCUGGAUGUGAGCACGGGGCUGCCCAACCAGCACCGACAAGACGUGGUGGCGCUCAACCCCUCCAGCAACGCCUGCGUGCUGCUGGGGGAUGUGCACCAGCGGGUGCUGCUGGCGCCCGACGUCAUGCACCUACUGCGGGGGGGACAGCAGCAGCAGCCGCAGGGGACAGCGGGAGGGACAACGGCAGCCGCCGAGCAGCCGGCAGCAGCACCCGCCCCCGCAGCAGUGGCGGGCGACUCCUUCCGUCGGGCGUUCGGGGAGCUGCCCGCCCUCACGGCGUCACACCGGAGGGCGCGAGGGUACGAGGUGGCGCCGCAGGGGGGGGAGGGGGAUGUGGAUGCGGCGACAGCGGGCGUGAGCGGCGUGAAGAUCAAGCCGGAGCAGUAGCAGCAGCCCCCCACAGCAGCAGCGGAGGUGUGGGCUGGCAGCCACGGCGGUGCCGGG